GCCAAGCUGCGCGCGAAGUUCGCCGACAACAAGAACGACUCCGGGGACGAGGGCGAGGACCUGCUGGCCGCGCAGGUGCCGGGCGGCGCCUCCAAGGAAAGCUCCUGCAGCUGCUGGCCGAGUUCGUGUCCGCGGCGAGGAAGAGAGAGAGCCUGCACACCGUGGAGCUCCUCGGGGACCAGACAUGGUCCCGCAGGACGUGUCUCUGGACCUGGAGCGGGCGUUGCAGGAUCACAGAGACGCUGCCCUCAAGAAGGAGGGCGAGGUGCAGGACUCCCGGCAGCCGGGGCGAACAUGCACGCGAACCUAGGCGGCAAGAAGGAAGCGCUGCUGUCCGACCUGCUGCAGAUCGCCGCGUGGGCGCAGCGCGCGCCCGUGGACGAGGACGACUCCGCCCCGGCCCCGCGCGACGGGAAAGCGCAGACCCGCCUGGGGAUGCGCCACUUCCUGGGGCAGACGCUGGUGGCCCCCCUGGGCGAGGCCCUCUUCGAGUGCCAGCGCUUCAAGUCCAAGGAGAACGAGGCGGUGUCCACGGCGGAGGGGGAGAUGGCGUUCGUGGCGAUGUACCUGCGGAUGUACUCCAAGGGCGGCGCGCAGGCCGCCUUCUGA